AUGGACUUUUCUAUAUUUAGUAUGCAAGUACAGGGAAGAAUUCCAAACUUUCUGCCUGCUGAAAGAGGAUCUGAUGAUCCCUUGACAUUUAGUAAUUAAGUAAUGUCUUACAGGCAACUUGAUUAUGCAGGAGGCUUUUUAUUCGGGUGUGCUGAUUCAAAUUUUUUCGGGGAAAAAAUGAUUAUAUCAAAACUAUCUUAAAGGAAAGAUAAUCAUAUUUUCUUCGCAGGCUAUGUUGUUGGAAUGAAAAAAUUCGACAAAUUUGAAUAAACAGCUAAAUCAGGUUUACUUUUGAGCAAUUACGACCAUAUGAACAUAUUUGGAAUUUACACUGAUACAGAUAUAUUAUAAUCAAACUUAACAAUAAACUCGCCCUAUUUUGAGAUCUUAAUUUUUGAUGAUAUGAGGUUCACUGGAUAUAUCAGCAUAAGCAGCAAUAUUUCUAUGAGUGAACUAAAAUUUUAAUAAGAAAUCCAGAUGGAAUUUGAUGGACUUACUGCUGCUAAUUCUGUUUAUAAAGAUAUGCAUGUAGAUGCUAAUGAAUAAAGAAUAUACCAAAGAUAAAAUUGUUUUUUGAAAGCAGCACCAUUUAUUCAUGAGUUUAAAUUUAUUUCCAUUCCAUCGGCAUCACUUAAUUAUACAGUUGAUAGAGAUUUAAUUGAACUAAAAGUUGGUGACCAUAAUUUAGCAGGUCUAUAGCUGGCAAAACUUACUGUAUAUGAUAAUAAUUUGUGUGUCAGGGUAUCUUCUGAAGAGAAAAACUAAACUGCUACUCCAAAUUGCUAAAAUAUUCAGAUAGUUAAAAUCCCUGAUAUGAAGUUAAAUAUUUAUAGUGAUUGCAGAAAACCAGGUUUGUUUGUAAACUUCACAAUAAAUAUGGGCUAAGAUAUUAUGCUUGAGACCUCAAGUAUUUAAUCCUUCACUUAUACUCCAGGGUUUUACGAUGGCCUCAAUUGUUCUUUCAAUAUAAGUAUCGUUGAGGGAAAAAGUGCCCUAAAUGAAAACUAUGAUAAGUAUUCUUAAAUAUUAUUUGAUACUACUAGUAAAAUUGUAGUAAUUAGAACUUAUCACUACUCAGUAGAUAACCAGAAUCCUGAAAUUAUAAAUAAGAAUUCAAAUUUAGUUACUCUCUAAAGUAAUACAAAUUAAACGCAUUUCUGCCUUAUUUAUUCCAACACAGAUCCUUCCUAUCAAAAGUUGAGCGAGGAAAUUCACAUCAUUGUUUAUGAUGAGUUAUAAUAUGGUAUAGGAGAAUUGUAUUAUUCCUUCGAUGUCAUGAAUUCUUGCCAGUAUGCUGAAAUUUAAAUUGAAAAAGAGUAGGGUGUCCUUCUGUAUGAAAUCGACUAUGAUUUACCCUUGGCAAUAGCUGGCCCUCAAACUAAUGUAACUAAAAUUGAUUGUUUUACUUUAAUGGCAUAUAAAGUAAUGAUCAUAACAUCUGAUAAUGCAAAUGGUUAAUUCCAAAAAGAUAUCACCAAAGUGAAUGAUACAGGAAUAUACAAAUUUUCAUUCGAAAUAGAUUAUAACACUGCGAAUGACCAGAUGAUGACAAUAGGCUUUUAUACUAUUAAUGUUGAAGCAUUUGAUAAAUACAAUAAAAAUCAAGCUUCAACCAUCGGCUCUGGAGAACAAACUGUCACUUUUAAUAAAUGGAUAAUGAGUGAUUUUGAAUGCGGCCCUGUGAUAAUGAGUCUAAAUUUGAUCGAUUACAGUGAUAUUGAGAGUUAUCUAAAAAUCUCUCAAAACAUAAUUGAGAGGAAAAUCAUCUUAAAUACUAAGAGCGAAGAAUUAGAUGAAUAUACAUUGACCUUAAUCAUAAUCGGAGAAACAUAAUACUAAAGAUAAACAUAGGAAUUUGAAAUUUUGUUUAAAAUGCCUGAUCACAAAUUAAAUAAAAAUUUCCUCAACACCCUUAAUGAUAUUGAAGAUUUUGAGAGAGAAAAUGGUACUCUUACUUAGGACAACAAAUUAAUAAGCAAAAAGGUUUUUAAAGCUUAUAUUUUAAAGAUAGAUAUGUAUGGGAUAGCAUAUAUAUAAUUUGGAUAAAAUAUGAUAACUGAAAAUGUAAACUUGACAAAGAGCAAAAAUUCUAUUAGAGUUAAACUAAUCGAAGAAUGGGACUAUAAUGCCAAAAAGUUAUCAAAUGAAUGCCUAAAUUCCACCAUAAUUUUUGAAUUCAAGCACAUUAUCUAGCUCGGCUUCAGCUGCUUUGACAUUCACCAUUUCAACUAAUAUUGCUUUAUCUAUUUUAUUGGGUCUUUCCCUGAAAAAUUUGUGGCUUUUGAUGAAUACUUUAUAGAUAUUAGUUUACAUUCCUUUGAUAAAAUUUUCGAUGCCAUUUAACUUGAUCAUACUCUUAAAGGAGCUGCUAAAUAUUGCUAAUUUUGA